UCAAUUCGGUGCGAUUUGCGGUGCGUUCGCGGGACGCGUCUCUUUACUGUGUUUUGUGGUGUAAAAAUGAGCGGUCGAGCGCUGCGGACCUUCGUCCUCCUCCUCCUCCUAGUAGGAACGUCCUUUGGGGGCCAUGGUUACGAGACGGAGGAGUUUCUCAAGCGGGAGUACUCGCUCACGAAGCCGUACCAAGGUGUGGGGUCCCCUGGCUUCUCCCACUGGGACCUGAUGGGCACUGCGGUGAUGACCACUGACUUCAUCCGCCUGACGCCGGACGUGCAGAGCAUGCAGGGUGCCGUGUGGAGCCGAAUUCCCUGUUACCUGCGAGACUGGGAGCUGCGCGUUCACUUCAGAAUCCACGGGCACGGGAAGAAGAACCUGAUCGGUGACGGACUAGCGCUGUGGUACACCAAGGAGCGCAUGCAGAGUGGUCCGGUGUUUGGUAAUAUGGACCUCUUUACUGGACUGGGAGUGUUUGUGGACACCUACCCCAAUGAGGAGAAACAACACGAGCGGAUAUUCCCUUACGUGUCGGCGAUGGUGGGCAACGGAAGCGUGAAGUACGAUCACGAACGGGACGGGCGACCCACGGAGUUGGGGGGGUGCACUGCUGUGCUUCGCAACCUCAACCAUGAUACCUUUCUCUCCAUCCGGUACCUUCGCCGCAGGCUGACGGUAACAAUCGAUGUUGAUGGGAAGCAGGAGUGGCGGGACUGUCUAGAUGUGCCUGGGGUGCGGUUGCCACUUGGCUACUACUUUGGCGCUUCCUCUGUCACCGGAGACCUGUCCGACAACCACGACCUGAUCUCCCUGAAGCUUUACCAGCUGACGGUGCGGGACGAUACGCAGGGGCGAGACGAGCAGGACGAGGACGUCACACUUCCCAGUGUGGACAGCAUGGAGCAGCAGCGCGUGGAGAUCCAGGAGGAGGCGAUGAGCACCAUCACCCUUUUCUUCACGCUGCUAUUCUCUCUCGUCGGCUGCUUCCUGCUCGCCGUCGUCGGCCUGCUGCUGUACAGCCGCUGGAGGGAGAGCAGCCGCAAGCGCUUCUACUGACCCCGGGGUCAUGCCCUCUCCACGGCGCUCCGUGAGCCCAAGGGAGCGCUGUUGUUCUUCCUCCUCUGACCUCUGACCUCUCCCAGCCCCUUCACUGUAAUCUGUUGAGUCUGAGCCAAAGAGACCCGAGUGCCUUGACCGCGUCCCACAAGUCCAAGUCCGAUUUGCCAAAAAAAGGUUAGUAAAAAAAAGGUGCAGCUGAACCGUGUCCUUCAACAGCUCGUCGUGAUUCGUUUUGACAGGUCUGACACUUCGCUUCACUUUCACGUUCAAAGUGGAGGAAACGCGAUGCCCGAAUGCGCCACAGUUCCCUUCUUCUUUCGCUGCAGUUUGGAUUCAUUUGGUACGAGUGCUGCACUCGGGGUGCGACGAAGUCCUAACAAAGUGUGAAGACGCCCGUUUGCUCCUUCACCGCUUCCGCCACCACUUUCUGCCCAGUUUGUUGUGUAUUAACACACUUUGUUCCGUUUCAUGUGGUGUAGAGGUUUGGUAGCACUUUGUUCUUCAUGUGUGGCUCUUGUCCUUUUUGAGUUCUCUGUUAGAAAAAGGUACGGUAAUGUUUACACUUACCGUAGUAAUCAUAUGGAUCAUGCUGCACUUUUCUACAGCCUUGGCAGUGACUGCGACGAUGGGCUGCUGACAGCCGCCAUGUAACUUUUCCGCUUAAAGUUUGGCAGAGUUUUCAUUUGUCCACUGACUGUAAUUCGCUGUAAUGCACUUUUUUCCUCUUUAUUUCUACAAACUUUGUAGAAACUGGGUUUUUGCUGUAUUACUUUGUUAAUUGAGUAAAGAGAGUGAUGAUGAUAAUAAUAAUAAUCCCGUCCAGGGUGCCACCCCCCUCUCAGCCUUGCACCAGCAGUUCCAGGAUAGGCUCCGGAUCACCGUGACCCUGAACAGGACAAGUGGUUAUUGAAAAUGGAUGGAUGAAUAAUAAUUACAGUGAUAACUGAGAACCUGAAUAGGAUAGAUUUAACUUCCUGUAAAUAGUGUUGUUUUUUUUAAUCGUACAACGUAGUAGAAGUAGAGUGAUGGUAAACAAAUGGGGACGUACAUGAGCCGUGUGGAGUGUUACUGUUUCUGCAAGCGCCCUGAGAACGUUUUACGAAACUAUUAUAACAGGAAAAAGUCUUAGCUUGAAAUUCACUGAGUGCCUUUGUGAAAAUGCGCCAGAUUGCAAAAAAAAGUAUUUAAUAGCUCUAGAAUGUAGUUUAAAAUGUGUGUUCGUUUGUGUUUGAAGGUAUUCUGAUUUCAGUUUCAGCUGCACAAGGAGACAGAAAGUGAUUUCUGUGAUUGAACUUGAACAGUAUGUUGCACUAACCUUUCGUUUUCUUUCCUUUUCCUGCUUUAAAUUUCAUACUGGGGUGAAGGUUGUGUUUCUGGGAAACGGGGGCCUGUUUGGGGCAUCUCGAUUCAACUUGAACGUUCUGGAGAAUCCGCCGGUCGUCUUUCAUGUGGAGAAACAUAGAAACAAAUUGUAUUUUUUUAAUAGUAUUUACCGUGACUCAAUGAGCCUGCCCUGUCCGGGGACAUUUCCUCCUUAUUUCCUGUCUUGGGCUGUAAUGAAAAUGGACCUCAUGUUUCUUACUGCACUAUGAACUCCUGUGAUCUUGAGAUAAAGAGACAGACUGUAGACGGAUUGCUGUGUACUGUGUGGUACACUGUAGUACACUGUGGUAAAGUGUGUGCAUCCUGCCUCUUUUUGUGUUUGUUGUGCCAGUUCUGAGCCAAUAAAAGUGUUAAACCCCCCAA